AUGGCCGUCGCGUACAUCAGAGCCACAUACCUGGAAAAGUCUAACAUCGAGAGCUUCUUUUCUCGACUGUUCGGUGUCGGUGCUUUUACUGUAAAGCGUAAACGCGGCAGGUGGGAGUAUCAAAUCCCGAGGCGGCUCGACGCGGUACAGCAAUCGCAGCUUAUGUCGCUGGCGGCAAUCGAACAUUACGAGCAGAUCUAG